AUGGAAGAGCUUGAAAAAGAACACAAAAAAGCCACAGAAAUCCCUCUCUUCAGCAUUCGUCGAAAAGAAAAAGCUACUAUUUUUAGUCUUAAUUUAUCCAAAAUCAGCUGAUUUAUUAUUUUCCCUAUGUUUGGGUUUAUCUAUGCAAACAUUGCAUUUGCCUGUCUUACAAAUUUUUCAUGUUUGCAAUUUCUACCUACGCCUUUGUACUUAGGCUGCUUUAGGGGGCAUGAUAGGCUUUUUAUUGUUGCUUGCACAUAUUUUGCAGCAAUAUUGGUUCUAUUGAAUUUGUCUACCUAUUCUUACUUUAAAGCAAAAGUAUCACCAGUGACGAGAAAAGGAUUAUUUAUAUUAGGAUUUUCUUUAUCAGUAGUAUUAGCACUAAUAGGGUUAACUGACGAAGCUACAGGUGCCCAUACAAUUCCACUUGAGGAGAUAAACUAUUACUUAGUUUUAUAUUUCAAAAUUGGAAGCUUAAUCUGGAUCGGCCAAGUUUAUUACUCAUUCCGAAAAAAUCAAGAUUUAUUAAACCCUAACUCAAAAUCUUGGCUUAGGAAAUUCGAAACCUUUCUUGCAAUUUUUGGAAUUUUAGCACUCAGCAUUAUUUUUGAGCAGUCUUAUUUAUCAUUUGACAGUGAGUUAUCACUUGUAAGCGAAAACAUUGAAGCAUUAUUAGAAUGGGUCUUUCUCGGAUUAAUAACCCUCAUGCCUGCAGUUAUCAUGCAAAUUUUUAAAGGCCAUGUGCUUGAGUUCGCAAUUGAUAAGUCACAAGACACUGAAGGAGUUGAGCUAAAGCGAAUGGAAAACCCAUAA